AUGGAGUUUCCAACUGCGCGUCGAAAACUGAACACGUAUGGAAAAGGGAAUCGGAAGGUUUUGGUGCACGACAUCUUCGGUUUGAGCACUCAAUCACUUCAAUCGACACCGGCGUUGUCUGCUUCUGGCUCUCGUGAGCAGCCUCCAGAACCCUCCCAACAUGACGCUGUACCGCAAUCCGAAACCCAAGGCGCAAUGAACAGGACGACGAGUGACACCUCCACCGGUCGACCUGGGGGACAGAGGACCACCUUGGCCAGUAAAAGCGUGUCGGCGGUUCCAUCGCCGAGAAAAACGUCCCCUUCGUCUCUCUUUGAGAUUGAAAGCUCUGAUGAUGACUCCUCUGGACUCAGAGCGAAGCGACCCUUGAAGAAGCGGAAAGUAGUGUCUCCGCAAAGAGAGCCUAGUGCUGGCGUUGAGGUCAAUAGGUUGGGAAGGGGGUUGUUGUCUAAGAGCCAGUCAGGCAGCGUUAAGCCGGAGACGACGGUGCCACGGAAACAAGGGGUGGGGGAGGAAAUGGGAAAGGGCUCCUUCAGGCCUCUGGAUCCCCCGGUGCUGAAAACAGAUUCAAGGCCAAAGAAACAGAUACCAAAGAUGAAGCCGGCCAGCACACAGCCUGUGGAAAGGCAGGCGAAACGACUAGGGGCCCGACCAACCUCUCCAGACGUGCUCUCCUUAGCGAGAAAGACAACCAACAAAGUCCUUCACAUCGGUAGUGAUUCUUCCGCGCACCAGUCGGACGACUCCAAUGUGCUGGCCUCGUCACGCCACAGCACUCCGAAGCGAAGGCGACUUGCACCUGAUGGGGGUGCAGUUGAUUCUCCGAGUCCGUCAGAACUCCACAUGACCGCUCUGAGAUUGACAUCAGACACGAUUGGACAAGAACUGAACCUAUCUUCUGAUGACGAAGAAAUGACCGAUGAGAGUCAGACAAGUCGUCCUCCGCUGCGAGGCCGCAGAAGACUUGUCGACAGACUGGACGCUCCCGCUUCUCGAAAUAUGGGCAGGAUGCAUUCAAGAGGGCGCUUGCACACGGGAGAAACAUCGAAACAGACUUCCAGUCAGCCGGUCAGUGGCACGGCAUCCCCUGGCAGGGCGGGUGCAGCGCCUCUGUUGGUGAGGGCGGACACAGCUCCCUUGAGUGUCUCCAGCGCCGCCCCAUCAGGUCGUUCUCGCGCGACAUACGCAAAGCAACGGUCAUACCUGAGCGACAUGGUCGACAGCUUGGAGACCCAGCAAGGAUCUCUGAGCCAGUCUUCGUCUCAGCAGGACUACUUUCCGCAACUGUCGUUGGCUCCUUCGGGAUCUCAGAUGGAUCUUGUCCACGAGGAUAGCGACGACGACGAUUUCACCCAAAUCAAAAGCAUUCACGAACUGCGACGAGGGGGUGCAAUCAGGAAGUUCGACCUGGAUCUACAUACUAUUGUGGAAGACAUCGAGGCCGACUCCAAGUCGUUGCGCAUUCAAGCUCUCAUACAGCUGAACAAGAAGUUACAGGACGGCUCUUUCUGCCGGCACUUUCAAGAUUCCGGUACCUUUGCCCGAUUUCUGGAAUGCGUAAAGGAGGGGGUGGACGAUGUGAGCGCGACAUUGAUGGCAUCUGUCUUCCAGAAAAUGUCAGCUGGCGAGUCCUCGUCCCCAAAGAGUUGUCUCCAGAUGUUGAGCGCAUUGGACCGGUUGCCCUUGCACUUGCUCUCGGACACGCGAUCUCUAUCAAGAAUUGCAAAAGAUAGGGGCCAGAAUCUCUCCAAACUGCUCAUCAGGGAUGUCAAAGACUUCGACGAGCACGUUGAGCAGGAGGAUGAGCGGACUGGUAGACCUGUGAACACUGUCUUUAUCGGCGCUCUCGAUGGUAUCUUACAAAGUCUGAUCAGGCUGAAGGAACCUCUUCCUCAAUUGCCUCAUUCCCUGCUCGACGCGAUCGUCUGCGCUCUGGUGAGGACCGAGAAGGAUAUGCAGGGACAGGAAGGAGCACACGGUCCUGUCAAGACGAUCCAACAACUACUUUCGAUUCUCGAAAUCGCCUGUGCGAACCACGAACUGCUCGGAUCCAGUCUGUCGAGUUCCCGCGUGUCGGAGCUUGGUGCCAGCAUAGCAGGCGUCUUGGGCCGGGCUCGCCAUGCCCAGCCUCUUACGGAACAGUCUUGCCUUCGGCUCAUCGUCACUCUCAGCAACAACGAACCGAGAGUGUGCGACGCUCUCACGGAGAAGAGACUCAUGACCACGGUCUUCCAAGUGAUUGAAGACCAUUUCUCGACAUUGGCGGACCUUGCUGCCCGAGAGGAGGAUUUCGACACCACACAGCUUGAUUCCGUCAUACUUGCCGUUGGCUGUUUGUUAAACCUUGCAGAAUGCGCAGACGCAGCACGCGAGCAAAUGCUGGAACCGGACCAUGGUGGCAAGAGUCUCGCCGAUCGAUUGGUGGGCAUGUUUAACAACCAUGUCGACCAGGCAUCCGAGGCCAUGACCAUGCAACAGACUCACGUCCUGGUGGCUUUUGGAUAUAUUUCAGCUCUGCUCUGCACCCUGUGCCUCAAUGCGCAGGCCCGCAAGCAGAUUUCCGAGUCUAUAAAAGGAGAAGGCCUUGCCGAGUUGUUUGGCCAGGCGGACACCUUCCUCAACCAUUUGCAGACGGUAGAGGCUGCGCUGGGUGACGAGGGAGGGUCUGCAUCAGGAUUCACGGCUCGCUUCACGGCGGUCCUGGAGAGUGUCAAACAGGAAACUCGGAAUGUAUGA